CUCGUGUCAGGCGGCAAGAUGGUGGCGGCCGAAGUGGUCCUUGUGCUCGUGGUCGUGCUCAUUAUCUACAUCGCCAUUCGCCUGCGUCAAAACUUUCUCCUGUUCCAGCAAGGGUACUCGCCGAUUCCAGACAACGAGAAGGCUGGAUUGUCGAAGCAUUUGAUUACACAGUCCAAGGACUCGGUGGAGCUGCUUAUCGCAAAAAAUGAUCCUCACCCAGCGCGGCACAAGUAGGUUCUUGGAUCUUCUUAUCCAUUUUACCAACGCUUUAAGGCAUUGUACUAUCUAUUAAAUAAACGUCGUCUUUCUU